GGGAAGCCGCGUGUCCCUAGAGACCACGAACUGGUUUGAUUGGCCCACAGACUUUAAACGGCGGCAUGGAAUGGUAUAAACCGGGAGAAUACGGGCUAUAAAAAUCUACCUCAGCUAGAAUCUCAGUGGGUCUUGGACUGAUUUUUUUUUUGUUGCGUGAGUGACAACAACUGCAGUUUGGUUCAGUAUAUAAUCUUGGUCUGGUGAGUCUCGGUCUGAUUCUGGGCUACUACAGACAUAAAUCUCUGUCCAUCUGAAACGGAAUCUGAAGGAGAAUGCAUGGAGACAGAAAAGUGUUCCGGACUAUCUGUCCAAACACAGUGGCUCCUCAUCAGAAUCAAGACAGCAGACAGACAGCAGCCAGAAAGGGCAGACCGAGGCUCCCCAGGAGCAGCAGCCCGGUCGCAGUGUAUGUGGACCGGAAUCCCUGCAUCGUUGAAGAGGCAUUCGCAACAAUAGCAUGGGACGACUUGGAGGAAUGCGCGUCCGUAAUGAGACGAGAGAGCGACUCCCUAGGUUCCCAGGUGAACGAUUCCGACGGAGAUGACCAGGAAUUCGGAGAAUAUGCCCUGGACUUCAUAGCUGACUCUCCAGCCACAUUGGAGCGCAGUCUGUCUCCAGCCGAUCUGGUGGCCUUCCAAGGGUGUAUCAUCCCUCCUCUCACCCCCCAGCGGGAGCCCUGUCCAGGGGACAAGGACCAGCAGGGCUACCCUUCCUUAGACCCAGGCCUCGGCCACCCUCAGGCCCAGGAUGGGAUACUCUGGAGGGGAAUUGCUCAGCACCACACCAGGGUCCUGGGACACACACUGGAGACCAACAGCCAGCUUCACCUGACUGUGAGCAGGAGGCAGGAGGAGAUUAAUGCUCUGCAGCAACGCAACGUCCACCUCAGAGAACUGGCCACCAGAGCUAAACACCUAGCCUCUGUCCUGGAUAAGCUGAUGAUGGUGAGGGAACCAUCAUGUUUUCGACAACCCCCAGCAUCCCCCUGUGACGAACCCCCCAUGUCAAUGAUCCCAUGUAAGAGGCAGCGUCUGGACGACACCUGUGACGACACAUCGCCCCCUGGGUGUGUGGAAGACAUCCUACGCGAUGUCAGCGACCGCUGCAACACCGUCCUGCACCACAGCACCGCUCAACCACCUCUUCCCCAGGAUAGUGACCCAGAGAGAAUACUGAUGUUCGGGGUGUUCUCUGGACUUCAGACAUCCAGGACCACAGGUGGCGCUGUGGUGAGCACGGAGGACGCGGAGGCAGGAGAGAGCAGUAGUGACUCGUCUUUCAGGACUUCAAUUAGGGAACACUGUACGAUCAGGACUCAGACCUUCCCUCACGGACACGCCUUCACCUCCAGGACGACCCAGGGAGGGUACCGCUUCCGUUGGGUUCCCAGCCAGAGCUAGCCCUUAGCGGUACUGGGUUCCCAGCCAGAGCUAGCCCUUAGCCAUACUCGGUUCCCAGCCAGGGCUAGCCCUUAGCCAUACUCGGUUCCCAGCCAGGGCUAGCCCUUAGCGGUACUGGGUUCCCUGCCAGAGCUAGCCAUUAGCGGUACUGGGUUCCCAGCCAGUGCUAGCCUUUAGCGGUACUGGGUUCCCAGCCAGAGCUAGCCCUUAGCGGUACUGGGUUCCCAGCCAGAGCUAGCCUUUAGCGGUACUGGGUUCCCAGCCAGGGCUAGCCUUUAGCGGUACUGGGUUCCCAGCCAGAGCUAGCCAUUAGCAGUACUGGUAUCCCAGCCAGAGUUAGCCCUUAGCUGUACUGGUAUCCCAGCAGGAGCUAGCCCUUAGCAUUAGCACUGAGCUAGAGCCAUCUUGAACAUGUAGUAGGUACUGCUGUUAUUAGACUGCUAGCUUCGGCUAAAUACUAGCUACACUAUAUUUAUAAAUUUAUGUGGACACCCCUUCAAAUUAGUGGAUUCGCCUAUUUCAGCCACAUCCGUUGCUGACAGGUGUAUAAAAUCGAGCACACAGCCAUGCAAUCUCCAUAGACAAACAUUGGCAAUAGAAUGGCCUUACUGAAGAGGCUCCCGAGUGGCGCAGUAGUCUAAGGCACUGCAUCUCAGUGCUAGAGGCGUCACUACAGACCCUGGUUCGAUUCCAGGCUGUAUCAUAACCAUCUGUGAUUGAGAGUCCCAUAGGGCGGCACCCAAUUGGCCCAGCAUCGUCUGGGUUAGGGUUUGGCCGCUGUAGGCCGUCAUUGUAAAUAAGAAUUUGUUCUUAACUAACUUGCCUAGUUAAAUAAAAACAGAGCUCAGUGACUUUCAAUAUGGCACCGUCAUAGGAUGCCGCCUUUCCAACAAGUCAGUUUGUCCAAUUUCUGCCCUGCUAGAGCUUCCCCUUUCAGCUGUUAUUGUGAAGUGGAAAUGUCUAGGAGCAACAACGGCUCACCUGCAAAGUGGUAGGCCAUACAAGCUCACAGAACGGGGACCGCCGAGUGCCAAAGCGCCUAGCAUGUAAUAAUCUCGGUUGCAACACUCACUACUGAGUUCCAAACAGCCUCUGGAAGCAACGUCAGCACAAUAACUGUUCGUCAGGUUGGGUUUUCAUGGCCAAGCAACCGCACACAAGCCUAAGAUGACCAUGCACAAUGCCAAGUGUCGGUUGGAGUGGUGUAAAGCUCGCUGCCAUUGGAGCAGUGGAAAUGCAUUCUCUGGAGUGAUGUGUCAAGCUUCACCAUGUGCCAGUCCGAUGGACGAAUCUGGGUUUAGCGGAUGCCAGGAGAACGCUACCUGCCGCAAUACAUGCAACUGUAAAGUUUGGUGGAGGAGGAAUAAUGGUCUGGGGAUGUUUUUCAUGGUUCGUUCUAGGCCUCUUAGUUCCAGUGAAGGGAAAUCUUAACGCUACAGCAUUCAAUGACGUUGUAGAGGAUUCUGUGCUUCCAACAUUGUGGCAACAGUUUGGGGAAGGCCCUUUCUUGUUUCAGCAUGACAAUGACCCUCUUGCACAAAGCAAAGUCCAUACAGAAUGGUUUGUCGGUGUGGAAGAACUUGACUGGCCUGCACAGAGCCCUGACCUCAACCCCAUCGAACACAUUUGGGCUGAAUUGGAACACCGACUGCGAGCCAGGCCUAAUCGUCCAACAUCAGUGCCCCCGACCUCACUAAUGCUCUUGUGGCUGAAUGGAAGCAAGUCCCCGAAGCAAUGUUCCAACAUCUAGUGGAAAGCUUUCCUAGAAAAAUGGAGGCUGUUGUAGCGGCAAAUGGGAGGAGCAACUCCAUAAGAUGUUUGACGAGCAAGUGUCCACAUACUUUUGGUCAUGUAGUGUAUAUCUCAGGGUUGGCCAACCCUCGCUUUCUGAAUAGUAACCUGCCUACAUACAGAGAACAUUCUAAAUUGUAAAUAACUUUGUGUGUACAACAAGCCAAAAGCUUUUGGCAGUGGCAGUAUAUUCUUUACUCUUGCUUUGACCAAGGAAUGGUUCAUUCAUUUUUCUAACGUCUAGUUUCUUACUACCAGGGGUGGCAGGUAGGCUAGUGGUUAGAGCGUUGGGCCAGUAACCAGCAGGUAGCCUAGUGGUUAGAGCGUUGGGCCAGUAACCAGCAGGUAGCCUAGUGGUUAGAGCGUUGGGUCAGUAACCAGCAGGUAGCCUAGUGGUUAGAGUUUUGGGCCAGUAACCAGCAGGUAGCCUAGUGGUUAGAGAGUUGGGCCAGUAACCAGCAAGUAGCCUAGUGGUUAGAGUGUUGGGCCUGUAACCAGCAGGUAGCCUAGUGGUUAGAGCGUUGGGCCAGUAACCAGCAGGUAGCCUAGUGGUUAGAGCAUUGGGCCAGUAACCAGCAGGUAGCCUAGUGGUUAGAGCGUUGAACUAGUAACCAGCAGGUAGCCUAGUGGUUAGAGAGUUGGGCCAGUAACCAGCAGGUAGCCUAGUGGUUAGAGCGUUGGGCCAGUAACCAGCAGGUAGCCUAGUGGUUAGAGCGUUGGGCCAGUAACCAGCAGGUAGCCUAGUGGUUAGAGCGUUGGGCCAGUAACCAGCAGGUAGCCUAGUGGUUAGAGCGUUGGGCCAGUAACCAGCAGGUAGCCUAGUGGUUAGAGCGUUGGGCCAGUAACCAGCAGGUAGCCUAGUGGUUAGAGCGUUGGGCCAGUAACCAGCAGGUAGCCUAGUGGUUAGAGCGUUGGGCCAGUAACCAGCAGGUAGCCUAGUGGUUAGAGCGUUGGGCCAGUAACCAGCAGGUAGCCUAGUGGUUAGAGCGUUGGGCCAGUAACCAGCAGGUAGCCUAGUGGUUAGAGCGUUGGGCCAGUAACCAGCAGGUAGCCUAGUGGUUAGAGCGUUGGGCCAGUAACCAGCAGGUAGCCUAGUGGUUAGAGCGUUGGGCCAGUAACCAGCAGGUAGCCUAGUGGUUAGAGCGUUGGGCCAGUAACCAGCAGGUAGCCUAGUGGUUAGAGCGUUGGGCCAGUAACCAGCAGGUAGCCUAGUGGUUAGAGCGUUGGGCCAGUAACCAGCAGGUAGCCUAGUGGUUAGAGCGUUGGGCCAGUAACCAGCAGGUAGCCUAGUGGUUAGAGCGUUGGGCCAGUAACCAGCAGGUAGCCUAGUGGUUAGAGCGUUGGGCCAGUAACCAGCAGGUAGCCUAGUGGUUAGAGCGUUGGGCCAGUAACCAGCAGGUAGCCUAGUGGUUAGAGCGUUGGGCCAGUAACCAGCAGGUAGCCUAGUGGUUAGGGUGUUGGGCCGGUAGCCUAGUGGUUAGAGCGUUGGGCCAGUAACCAGCAGGUAGCCUAGUGGUUAGAGUGUUGGGCCAGUAACUGAAAGGUUGCUAGUUCAGAUCUCCGAGCUGACAAGUUAAAAAUAUUUCAUUCUGCUCCUGAACAAGGAAGUUAACCCACUGUUCCUAGGCAGGUCAUUGUAAAUAAGAAUUUGUUCUUAAUAAUCAAAAUGCCCUUAUUUGUAUGGCAUGUUCAAUAGAAACAAAGUUUUAAAAAAACUACCUUUCUAAGUGUUCUGAUACUUCUAUCUUGGAGUUGUAUUUUUAUGAUAACAUAGCUACAGUAUUUCACUUUUAAAUGUGUAUAGCCCACUGUUCCUAGUUAAAUAAAAUGUAAAAAAUGGUCGAUCAACAAACCAAGUAGAAUGGGUGUUUAUAGGCCUAAUGGUGCUGUCUCCUCAGGUAUCCUAGCAACUGAAUUAACCUGUGUCUUUGUUAAAUCCAUCUUUGUGUUUACAUUUGCUCGUGCGUGUGUUGAAUAUCCAGGGCCCAACCUAAUAAUCCAGGUGGACAAUGGAACACCUCACCCACGCAAUCUACACCAAUGUAUUCAAACUUGUUUCAAAGUCUAAAGAUACAUGUUGUCAUUUUGUUUGUAUGUAAU